GUUGCCGCUUCAACUAGGUAUCUUAGCUCAAUGGACGUGUCAUUGCUUCACAACAACGUAAAGAAGGAAUCAAAGAGUGGGACCGUGUCUGGCACCAAGUAAGUUUCUUUGCGCGUAGUUUCGUGUGGUCCCGGGUUAUUGAAGACACCUUGUUACGAAGCUGUUUCAUUUGCUACAAUGUGGGAACAUGAGGAAUUCGAAAGACAUUGGAAGAAGGAAUUUCCCGAUGGGGAAGUGCCGAGAAUGGACAUACAGUCGGUGGAAGACGCUGAAAUGGAACUGGACAAAUGUAAAAUCAAUCUCAGAAAAUUGCAGCAGGCACUUGCGGAGGAAAAAUUUAAAAUGAUUUUCCUUCAGACUUCUCUCACCAGAAGUAAGAAAAGUUAUGACAAAGAAAGGUGGGAACGCACCGACCAGAACGAGUCGGAUGUCUACACCAUGAUUUCCAAACCCGAUAAGGCACAACAGAAACGAGAACAGUCUAUCGAAAUAAAAGACACGGAACGCCCAGUGCAGCCUGAGAAAGACCCGGUGAUUAGUAAACAAGGUGAAGAUCCCGCUCGUAUUUGUCCAUUUGUUCGUAAUACGCCAGGCAGACCAAGUAAACCAGGUAAACCCGUCCCACCUCCACGGAAACAUCUGAGCUCCCAGAAGGGAACACCUACUCCAGCAUCGACUCCAGCACCUAUCCCAACACCUAUCCCAGCACCUACCCCAGCGCCUGCCCCAGUACCUACAUCACAAGUCGUUGAUGGCAGCUGUAUUAGCCGUGCCGAGGGUCGUUCUGAUCCAGGCAGUGACCAUGAGUAUGAGGAGGUGGGACUGAACCAUAACUUUGUCUCGAGAAACCUUGUAAAUCCCAAUGCAGGAGACUCCCAAAGACGGAAUCCGCAUAAGGAUGCCCUGCGACCGUUUCGUCUCAGCAAUGAUAUGGACUCCAGUGAUGAUGGAAGGCUUUCGCCUUUGGGCAUUCGGUUGGCAGGGAGUUCCGGACGCAGCACUCCUGACAGACGUAGUGAUGGAUAUCUGAGUUCAGAUUCAGACUUCAACUACAAUAACGACGGCUACGAUGGCGACGGCGCCGAGGACCGCAAGUCCCAGGACGGCUCGGAGACAAUGCCCUUCAUCGACGAGUCGCCCACCAUGUCGCCCCAGCUGUGUGCCCGGGGCCCAGAUGGCGAGGCGGUGUCGCCCACUCCUCCAGAGGGACUCCUCCCGGGGGGAGACAUAGAGAAGGGGCUGGAGAUGAAGAAGCUGGUCCUGUCCGGGUUCCUGGCCAGCGAGGAGAUCUACAUUAACCAGCUGGAAGCCCUGCUGCUGCCCAUGAGACCCCUGAAGGCGGCUGCCACCUCCUCCAAGCCGGUGCUGUCCAUGGAGCAGAUCGAGACCAUCUUCUUCAAGAUCCAGGACAUCUUCCAGAUCCACAAGGAGUUCUACGACGCGCUGCUCCCCCACAUCCAGCAGUGGGACGACAAGGUCACCGUGGGACACCUUUUCCAGAAGCUGGCCAGUGAGCUGGGCGUGUACAAAGCGUUCCUUGACAACUACAAAGUGGCCGUGGAGACAGCGGAGAAAUGUGCACAGGCCAACAUGCAGUUUCAGAAGAUCUCCGAGAACCUGAAGGUGAAGGGACCGAAGGAAUCCAAGGACCUUACGAGCUCUGUCACAAUGGAAGCUCUCCUGUACAAACCUAUCGACCGUGUGACCAGGAGUACAUUAGUCUUACAUGACCUGCUGAAACACACUCCAAAGGACCACCCUGAUUUCCCGCUCCUUCAGGACGCGCUGAGGAUAUCCCAGAACUUCCUGUCCAGCAUCAACGAGGAGAUUGACCCACGCAGGACCGCCGUCACCACGCCUAAGGGAGAGGCUCGUCAGCUGGUGAAGGACGGCUUCCUGGUGGAGGUGUCGGAGGGCUCGCGAAAGCUCCGCCACGUCUUCCUCUUCACUGACCUGCUGCUCUGUGCCAAGCUGAAGAAGACCUCUGUGGGGAAGCACCAGCAGUAUGAGUGUAAGUGGUACAUCCCCCUGGCUGACCUCACCUUCCAGACGUUGGACGACGCGGCCGACUCCAUCCCCCACAUCCAGACGCUGCCCGAGCACGAGCUGGACGAGAUGAAGAACAAGAUCUGCGUCUUCAAGAGCGAGAUCCAGAAGGAGAAGUCAAAGGGACAGAGCCGUGUGGUGGAGCGCCUGAGGAAGAAGAUGAACGAGCAGGAGUCAUGUCUCCUCCUGCACUCCCCCUCCAUCCCCUUCCGCAUCCACAACAAGAAUGGCAAGAGCUACUUGUUCCUGCUGUCUUCAGACUACGAGAGGUCAGAAUGGAGAGAGAGCAUCGAGAAACUGCAAAAGAAAGACCUGCAGGCCUGUGUGCUGAGCUCUGUGGAGCUGCAGGUUCUCACCGGAUUCUGCUUCAAACUCAGAACCGUCCACAACAUCCCGCUCACCAGCCACAAAGAUGAUGAGGAGUCCCCCGGGCAUUACGGCUUCCUGCAUGUGAUCGUCCACUCAGCCACAGGCUUCAAGGAGUCAGCCAAUCUGUAUUGUACCCUGGAAGUGGACUCCUUUGGCUAUUAUGUCGGCAAGGCCAAGACCCGUGUCUUCCGCGACACCACCGAGCCUACCUGGAAUGAGGAGUUUGAGAUUGAGCUGGAGGGCUCCCAGUGCUUACGGAUCCUCUGCUAUGAGAAGUGCUACGACAAGACCAAGCUCAACAAGGACGACAACGAGAUCGUGGACAAGAUCGUGGGCAAGGGCCAGGUUCAGCUCGAUCCACAGGCAGUGCAGUCCAAGAAUUGGCACAUGGAUGUGAUUGAGAUGAAUGGGAUCAAAGUGGAGUUCUCCAUGAAGUUCUCCAGUCGGGACCUGAGCUUGAAGCGGACUCCCUCUAAGAAGCAGAGUGGGGUCUUUGGGGUCAAAAUCAGUGUCGUAACAAAGCGCGAGCGCUCCAAGGUGCCUUACAUCGUCCGGCAGUGCAUUGAGGAGGUGGAGAAAAGGGGCAUCGAGGAAGUGGGCAUCUACAGAAUCUCAGGGGUGGCCACGGACAUCCAGGCCCUCAAGGCAGCGUUUGACACCAAUACCAAAGACAUCCUGGUGAUGCUGAGCGACAUGGACAUCAACGCCAUCGCGGGGACCCUGAAGCUCUACUUCCGUGAGCUCCCGGAGCCCCUGCUCACCGACCGCCUCUACCCGGCCUUCAUGGAGGGCAUAGCGUUGUCUGACCCUGCUGCCAAGGAGAACUGCAUGAUGCACCUUCUGCGCUCGCUGCCCGACCCCAACCUCAUCACCUUCCUCACCCUGCUGGAGCACCUGAAAAGGGUGGCGGAGAAGGAGCCCAUCAACAAGAUGUCGCUGCAUAACCUGGCCACGGUGUUCGGCCCCACCCUGCUCAGGCCCUCGGAGUCCGAGAGCAGCAAGGGCCACGUCACCCUGGCCUCCGACAUCUGGUCACACGACGUCAUGGCACAGGUCCAAGUGCUGCUGUACUACCUUCAGCACCAGCCCAUCUCCUUCAGCGAGCUCAAGCGGAACACCCUGUACUUCUCUACUGAUGUCUAAGCCCCUGAGAGAGACAGAGACUCCUGCGGCAGCGGCCCCCACCUCCCCGCUCCCCCCCCCCCUCUUCUCCCCCCCCCCCAGCCCGGCCGGCCUCCCAAACACCACAUUCUCUUCUACUGCACGGGCCCAAACCAGAGGGAGGCCAGGAGCCAUCGUUGACUGCGGGAGGGCGCGGGGGACCCUGCGCUCCAUGCAUACAGUACAUUCAUUCCAUUCGUCACGUCUGUUGGAUGCUCAUCCUCUGUCCAGAGAGCGUCUGUCUCGCGCCAAACACUGGGGAAUAGCUGGAGCGGAGCUCCCCCUUCCAUCCAGACCGGUUUCUCAGAAUCAUGUGACGUUUAUAUAGUCAGUACACCCCCAACAUGAUGUGAUUUCCCCCAGAAUGCCAAGGGUGAAAAAUCUGGAUCCGAAAUCGUCCAAACACUUCGGCCUGAGGACACACCUGCCAAAUACCUUCACACACUCCUUCACGUUGCCCCGUGCCCUGUCCACAAUCCUCCUCACACACUCUCUCCUCUCUAGUGUCACUUCUCUUCGUGUGAGCGUGCUGGUGCACGCCAAAGUAUGUGUGUAUUUGUGUGUGUGUGUGUGUAUGUGUGUGUGUGUGUGAGAGAGAGAGACACACAUAUGGGAAGCCAUUCCUCUAAAGGGCUGUGGGGUCUCCAUAGCGAUCCACCUGAGGCCUACUGCGCUGCAGAGGUUGACACCAGCUUGUGGUAGUUAGAGGUUCGUCCCCCCAGGGACUUCCGUCCUGCCGCGUCCUCUGUCCAGCGCCCAGCUCCUGGAUCCCAGAGCGGGCCUGUUUCUCCUUUACUUCUCUCCUUUUUAAUCAGCAGAGGCAUUCCAGUUUAAACAACAGCAACACACACACACAAACACAAAUGGCAUUUACAUAUUUUAUAAAUAUCUUUUGUUCAGUAGUUUAUCAGUUUGCUUUACUUCAUUUCAGCUUUGCGCAUGUGAUUUAGAGGGCAGGGUGUGUGUGAGUGAAUGUGCGAGUGUGUCUGUCUGUCCGUCUGUAUGAUGGACAUGCAUUUGUAUGUGUUGGACCAUGUUAUUUUCCUUUUCUCUUUUUGCUGAGGCCUGAGUGGAAACUUGAGCUUCUUGAAGGCAGUGACAGUUUAAGGUGCCUCUUCUCUUACCGUGAGAGAGGCAGGAGUGCAGGCCAGAUUUGCCCUAUUUAUUAUGAAUAUAUUGUGUGUGCCUGUACAGUCCCAUACAACUAGAGAACGUCUCCAUGAUGUCCAUUGUUUGACAGUUUUUUGAGGUAGUGAUGAUUGCUUUUUUUUUCUCUCUCUCUUUUUUUUUACAUUUUGACAAUUUAUCGGUGAAUCAUUAUUUUUUAAAAGUUUUCAUGGUAUGCAAUAUUUGUGAAAAAUCGAAAAGAAUAAAAGAGUCAUGGACAUGGUUGAUGUAAAAACUUUUUUUUUUCUCCCCUCCAUUCAAAUGGUUGCAAGCCUGAUCCAAGCGUCCGAUGGAACUCCAGUGUAAUCCGUUGGAUGGUUUGUGUAGUUGCCCUCAUUGCAUGUUCAGCUUGUCAGUCAGAUUUUGGGCAGGUGAUAUUCUGGUAGUUUUCCGCAGGCUAUUUUCUUUUCUACAUCUGCGACCUUUCAUCAGAACGCAAUGCAAAGCCAACUUUUCAGCUUCAAGCCUGUGACAUAUCUUACAAGUAAGCACUGUUAGAUGAGUACGAUUUGAUAUUUUUAAUAUAAGAUUAAAAUAAAUAAAAGGCUGUUGUAUUUUACUUCCUUUGGGGAAGAAUUGAGUAUACUGUAUUAACAAUAAUGUAAGUGUUGAUGUGAACUUUUUUUGUAAAACAAAUAAAAGUCUAAGAAAAUGGU